AUGGACCAGAUGGAACCUCACCAAGAUCUAAUAUUUGACGCAACACUCGCAUUGUCGUCCAAUCCACUAUUUCACCAACCAUUCUUAGAGGUGUCUCGACAUAUCUCCAAAGCCCCUAACGAAGACCACGACUCUUACGACCCAUCAACGUUCACGACCUUUGCGCGGCAACGCCAGCCGACUGUUCAACGACCUUCUUCCUCUACUUCAGCCGACCAAUUCCGACCCCCGAGCGGCUCUGACACCCAGCGUCCCUUACGUCGUAUCCCUCGCCAGGCAGAGGUCCGCCAAUCCGCCCACCGUCGAGCGGUAUCCUUAGGCGCCCAGGUUCCACAUACUAAUCGACCCCAACCGGCGCGUACAACCCCGGUCUCCGUGCAACACGCCGCAGCCAGUGCCAUCGCAGCGCUACGUCCGGCCGUUUCCGAAGCAGAGACCGACGACAACGGGUCUACCGUCGACGACCCCUACCAGCUUCUCACUACAUCAUACUGGCCGCAGAGAAAGACCGGAGUUUCGUCGCGCACCGCGUCAGCGAUCCUUUUUGCCCUUGAAGAAGCUAUCCGUGGACCGCUACAGCUCUCCACUGACUGGGACGAGGUGAAUGCUUCCAUGUCAGACAUGGCAGGCGUCGCUGGCCCCGCCGGGCCUGUGGGCAAUAGCCGUGUUCAGAAUGGUGGAGCCCGUGUACCCCAGAACCCCAUCUCAGGGACAUCACAGCCACCAAGUGGAAUGAGGACCCCUACGGACAUAAUGAGACAGCGCCGGGAUCGAGAGGCUCGCCGCAAAGCGGAACAAGAAGCCCGGGAGAGAGAACAGGAAGAAUUGGAACGACAACAACUGGAGCAAGAACAACAGGCUCACGCUGAAGCCCAGGCCCAAUUACAGGCCCAGGCCCAGGCUCAACAAUAUCCCGCUGGCGUUGCCGCCGACAAUACCUCUCAGUCAAGAAUUAGAGCGUCACGAGCGAGGGGCCCCGAAGGCCAACCUCAACCCAUGCCCGUCGCUUCCGGACCAACAGCUGCUUAUCGACCAACAGCAGAUGUUGCCCCGAGUACCCGACCAUCAGAAUACCAGACCGCACCACCGACAGUUGGAACAGGGCAACUGGCUAGCCAGCCACGACUGACACAGGCAACUGGCCAGCAGCCUCAGCACGGUCGCUCGCAGAGUGCGGCAGAAAUUGGAGCUCAAACCAGACCAAUUGGGGUCUCCAAGUCCGCCCAGGCCCUACCUGCGGGACAGUCUGGUGCUCCUCAAGCUCUUCAGCAGCCAAAACGUGUUGGGUUUCCCCACGCAUUCGAGCGAUGGGAAACACUCUCCUCACACUGGGAGGGUCUCACUAGCUAUUGGAUGCGAAAACUCGAACAAAACAACGAGGACCUAGAGCGUGAUCCGAUCAGCCAACAAUUGGCUCGCCAAAUCACCGACUUAUCUGCCGCUGGUGCCAAUCUAUUUCACGCAGUGGUUGAGCUGCAACGUCUCCGAGCCUCCUCCGAACGCAAGUUCCAGCGCUGGUUUUUUGACACCCGCGCUGAGCAGGAACGCUCCAAAGAAGUGCAGGCAGAAUUAGACCGUCAGCUCAAAGAAGAACGGCAAGGCCGAGCCGAUGCCUUUUCCGCCGCCCAGGAAGCCGCAAAGGACAAAGUCAAGGCCGAGGAACUGCUCAAAGAAAUGCGUCGCGAACUUCAAAUCUCCAAGGAGGAGGCCCGCCGCGCCUGGGAGGAACUUGGCCGUCGUGAGCAAGAAGAGCGAGACCGAACUAACUCACUGCGGAACGGGGAGCCGACUCUCGUUGGAGGAGUUCAGGUUGUUCCUAUGGUUUCUGGCCUCCCGAGUCGUCACACUACCCGGCCGCAGACCCGCGAGGGUCCCUACCCCGGCGGACCGACCGCCACAACCAUGGGCACUGAUGCGUACCACGGCAAGUCCGCAGCGAGCGCAGGCGGCAAGUACUACGAAGAUGGCACGCCGAUGUCUCCCACAGGGUCAGACCCUUUCAUCGAACCCAAAAAGGUAGACCCACCUGCCUCCAAAGCCCCCUACCCGGGUCCACUGUAUGAUCACGAAAACACUGUCCCAUACCCAGGACCCACCACCUCAGAACCUGACACACGCUCCUACGUCGGCAGCAGUGAAGCCGGUGACGAAGACUAUGUCCCCUAUCCUGACGAUCCUCAUGGAAACCCCGUCAGCUAUCCACCAGGUCCUUCGUCAGAGGGAAGCGAAGAGUAUGACCCAGAAGGCCACUACAUGCCCGAUGGCGCCUACACCUCCGCUGCCUCUUCUGCACCACUGCAAGCUCCGCAUACACCCACCUCGGCUGCGGACUACAGUGGCUCUGGCUGGGGCCCUGGCACUGGGUGGGAGUCUGUGACCCCACGCCAUCGUCACCCGACGCGUCUGAGUGAUGUCCUCGAGGAAGACGAGCCCAGUCGCACGAAUCCCAGCCGCGCUACCAGUCGCAGUCAGGCCAGUCGGAGUAUCCUUUAA